AUGGCGCCUCAGGCGGCAGGCUUGCGCCUGCUGCUCGUUCCCUAUGCAUUGCUCCUAGUCCUUCAGUUAUGCCCCAUCCCCGUCGCCGCUACUCGUGCGCUAUUCCCGUCCCACCAUGUAGACACAGCGAGUCCCAUCGCCGAGAAGCCCGUCAACGGUGCGUCGCUUUCGAGCGACGUUCCGCCGGACAUGGUGCGCGCGGAGCUGCAGGCGACGCUGCAGACAUUCGCCACGGCGCUGCAGGCCAACAGGACCGCGGACGCCGCCGCGAUCUUCGCGCCCGAGGUGUGGCUGCUGCCGCCGGGCCAGCCGGCGACGAAUCUGUCGGAUCCGGACAGCCAGGCGGCGUUUCUCGCCUCGCUCAAGGCGGCGGGCGCGCGCAUCGCGCUGACGAUCUCCGACAUGCUGCUGGCGAAGAGCGUCGUGAAUCCCGCGGAGAACAGCGACGCGAGCAACGCGGCGACGAGCCUGGUGUACGUGGUGAUCAGCCCCAAGGGCAAGGUGCUCACUGUCGGCAAGGCCAUCGUCGUGUGGACCGCCGGCAGCAAGGACGUAAACACGGCCGCGGAUGGUGCGGGCGUGGAGGGCAAGAAGAAGAAGGGCGGCAAGUGGAAGCUCACGUGGGCCAUGUGGAACGACGACAUCGCUAAGAACGACCUCCACGCGACACUCUCGCGCUUCCUUUCCGGCGCUUCGGACUCCGCCUCCGCGCAAGUCCCGCUCAAUUGCGCGCGAAGCUCCGCGGAGACCGUGUCGCUCGCGGGGACGGCGGAGGUGGUGACGGGAGGGGGCAGGUCGGCGGUGGUGCGGCAGUUGCAGCAGCAGGCGGAGGACUUGUCGGAAGCCGUGGCGAACGGCGACUGCGCGCUGAUUCAGGGCGCGCUCAGCCGGGAAAUCACCCUGCUGCCGCCGCACGAGCCGCCGCGCACGAUCACGCGGCUCGAGGCGAUGAAGCAGCUCUUCCAGGGCUUGGUGUACGAGGGGUUGACGUUGAACCUCACGGUGGACGACGCUAUUCCCUUCCGCCUCCUCAACCCCACAUUCACCGUCGCCGAGCCGGACGCGCUCCGCAGCGAUGCGGGCCGCGUCGCCCUGUCGCGCGGCACGUUCCUCCUCUCGAACGUAUCCAACGGCGACGUCAUUGCGCACGGCACGGUCAUGCUGCUCUGGGUGCCGGUCCCCGAGCUGUCUCUCUCCGCGUCCCUGCGCGACCCCCCGCUGCGCUUCGCCGUGCAGUGGAUCAUGUACUCCGCCACUCCCGGCAAGCCGCCCGCCCCGCCCGCUCCGCCCUCGCUGCACUCCCCCGCGCCGGAGGACCGCGACGCGCGCGAAGAGCGACUGGCGAAACGCGCUUUCUUGGGCGCCGCAUCAUUGGCGGCGGAAGUGUCGCCCCUGCGCGACCCGUCCGCGGAGGAGGUGCGGCCGUUCGUGCUGCGCAAGGUGCGCGACUUCCUCUCCGCGCUCGCCAUCAACGACUCCGCCGCCGCCGCCACCGUCUUCGCGCCGUCCGCCGUCGUGCUCGCGCCGGGCAGCCCGGGGAAGGUUCUCGAGUCGGACGAGGCGAAGCGCGCGUUCGCGCAGCACCUCGCGAACAAGCGACUCGAUAUAGAGACGACGCUGACGGAGCUCGUUGUGGGGUCGAGCGAGGAUUCGUCCUUCAGCGAAAUGGCGGCGGCGAGCGGCGUCGAUUCAGGCGCGCGCAACAACGACGUGCAGCUGCUGCUGACGCGGUUCGAGUACACGGCCAACAAGGCCAACGGCGCCGUUGCCGACGCGGGCAAGGUCGUCGCGGUGUGGGUCGGGGUGGGCAAACUCCCGUUUGAAGCGGAUUCGAUAGAAGGCGCAGCAGCGAGCGUGCAAUCGGACCCCAUCAACUGGAAACUCUCCUGGCUCGUCUGGAACUCUGACCCCGCCCCCUCCGCCAACGGGGAAAACUCCGCCUCGUCCGCAAUGUCCGCCGUGGUUCCGCCAGCCGUGCGCGACCCAAAGCCCGGCCCCGUGCGCGAGCAGCUGCAGGCGCGCCUGACGGUGCUGGCGGACGCGCUCGCGGCGGGGGACGCGGAGACGGCGGAGGACGUGCUGGUGGAGGGGCCCGUGCUCGCGCUGCCCCCGGGCGCGCGGGAGACGCUGGCGGUGACCGCGGAGGAGAAGCGCGCGCUGCUGCAGUCCCUGGUGGCGGCGGGCACGCUGCUGUCGCUGCCCAUCAGCGGCGUGCGCCUGGCGGACUUCGCCUUCCCCAAGCCCGCGCCCGCGCACCCCAACGAGGACCUGCUCUACGCGCUCUCCUGGGGCGACUACACCGCUUCCGCCAAUGGCUCAGAGACGGCGUCGGGGUCGCUGUUCCUGCUGUGGAAGCGCGAGCAGCGAAAGGUGAUCAACGGGAGUGCGGGCGUGGAGAGCAAGGGGCGCUGGGUGUACGGCAUCGCCUGGGCCAUGUGGACCUGCACCCCCGCCAAGCCAACCCCCCCGCCCUCGCUCCAAACCCUUGCCGCUGCUGCCGCUGAUCCCGUUGCUGCUGCUGCCGUCGCCGUCGCGCCUCUCCCCCUCGCCGCGCCGCACCCAGAGGACGUGCGCCUGGACGUCGCGUCGCUCCUCCCGCGGCUCUCCGCCGCCAUCGCGAGCGCGCAGGACGACGCGGCGCCGCUGCUCGCGCUGCUCGCGCCGUGCCUGACGCUGCUCCCGCCGAACUCGCCGCUGCUGCCCGCAGUGUGCGGUGGUGAGCACGUGAGCGCGCUAGAGGCGUGGGCGGGUACGACGGUGCAGCUGAACCCCGUGGACGUGCAGGUCGCGGAGAUGGUUCCGGGCAAGAAACGGGGGGCGCGCGUGCUCUGGGGUGCAGCGGAGGAGGGCGAGGAGUGGGGAGCCGAGGGAGCGAAGGGAGGGGACGGGUGGGUGGAAGAUGCAGCGGUGGAUGUUGAUGGUGAUGGUGAUGGCGAUGCUGCACGGGUGGUGGGCGAUCCCAAGGGUCACUUGGCGGUGGUGGUGCGAGUGAGCUACGUCAUUCUGUCGGAGGACGGUUCACAGCUGCUGGAUGCUGGCAAGGGCAUCCAGGUGUGGGAGCAGCUGCCGCCGCAGCAGCAGGUGCAGGGCAGAAGCAGCAGUGGUGGCGGGGUGGUAUGGGCGCUCACCAGCUUCGCCUGGAAUUCUGACGUCGCGUCUGCUGAUGCUGCUGCCAACAGCAUGGCUGUGGGGGGCGCUGCUGCAGGCGAGGCAACACCCGAGGUGGGGGCGAGGGUAGAGUCAAAGGCUGGAGCUGUGACCGGGGGAGGCGAGGUGAAGCAGCUGCAGGCGGCGGUGGCAGCAGCGGCGGCGGCAGUGGGCAACGGCAGCGUGGCGGAGGUGCUGCGCUUGCUCUCCCCCGCUGGCGCUGCUGUCAUGCCGCCCCACCGCCCGCUGCUGUGGAUCGAUGCCGCCUCCCUUGACCAUGCCCGCGCCGCCCUGCAGCCGCUGGCGUCCCUGGGGUGCACACCCACGGCCUCUCUCAACUCGGUGGCUCUGCUGCGUCCCCUCGACUCCUCGCUCUCUCUCUCCAUUGCCCACUCACCACUGGCCAGCCACCACCAUCAGACACUCGCACUCAUCACCGGCAACUUCUCAUGCACACCGACAGACGCUGCUCUGGCAGGCAAGGCCAAGCCUCUCUACGGCAGCUUCAUGGCGCUGUGGGAGCAGAGCGCAGGCAAGGCUGCAGUGGAGCAGCAGAGCAGUGACAGCAGUGCGGCAUGGUCGCUGCAAUCUGACAAGCGCCCCUGGGUGGCCAAGUGGGUGCUGUGGAGCAACACGGCUGCCCCCCCUGCUCCAGCGCCUGGCCCUGCUGUGUCUGCCACCACGCAUGCUUCCCUCCUUGCCUCUUCGUAG